GUGAGGUCUCAGGAACCCCAGGCACCUAGAUCAUGCUCUCAAUUCUCCGAGAAUGAACCUUCUGUUCUGAAUUCAGCUAGGCACAUAGCAGCAGCCAAACCGCAGGACCUCUCUCCAGCAUUUGACCAACCCCGAACGGCUAUUUCGCAGCGACGUCCCUGUGCCUGAACCAUGGGGCCAACCAAAGAUGAGGCAGAAAUCGAAGGAAGAUCGGCUGGAGGCGAUUUGAUUGCCAUCGUAGGCAUGGCAAUGCGACUGCCCGGCAAGGUGCGCAAUGCGGAGGACUUCUGGAGGUUGCUGGUGGAGAAGAGAAGUGGUCUUUGUGAGGUGCCGCCAGAUCGGUACAACAGUGAUGCCUUUCAUGAUCCGGAUGGGAAGCUGGAAACAAUCCGUGCGAAACAGGGCUAUUUCCUUCAGCAGGUCGACAUUCGACAAUUCGAUAACACCCGUCUGGACCCUGAGCAACGGCAACUCCUCGAAGUUGUAUACGAAUGUUUUGAGAACGCUGGAACUACCUCAUGGCGUGGUAGUAAGGUCGGCUGCUAUGUGGGUGUAUUUGGUGAGGACUGGCUCGACCUCAAUGCAAAGGAGACCCAACAUAUGGGGGGAUAUCGGUUUACAGGUUACGGAGACUUUGUGCUCAGUAAUCGCGUCUCUUAUGAAUUCGAUCUGCACGGGCCAAGCAUGACGGUGAAAACGGGAUGCUCGUCCUCGUUGGUCUGCCCAGAUCUGGCCUGUAAAGCAAUCCGGGCUGGCGACUGUGAGAGUGCUUUAGUGUGCGGGACAAGCCUCAUAUUCUCUCUGACGAUGACUUUGGCUUUGAGUGACCAGGGCCUACUAUCUCCAACUGGGACAUGCAAAGCCUUUGAUGAAGCAGCCGACGGCUAUGCUCGGGGGGAAGCCUUGAAUGCCGUUUAUAUCAAGAAGGCUAGCCAGGCCAUGCAAGAUGGGGAUCACAUUCAUGCUAUCAUUCGGGGAACCAGGGUCAACUGUGACGGUCGGACCCAAGGGAUGACGAUCCCAAGUACUACUGCCCAAGAGGCACUGAUCCGUGAAACGUAUCAGGCCUGUGGACUCUACGAUGUUUCGCAAACGGCCCUGGUCGAAUGCCACGGCACUGGUACUCCGGUUGGGGAUCCACGUGAAGCUGCCGCGGUAGCCAAUUGUUUCGGCGAGAAGGGGGUGAUCAUCAUGUCGGUCAAGCCCAAUGUCGGCCACUCGGAGGGCGCAGCGGGCUUGACGAGUCUCAUCAAGGCCGUUCUCGCUCUCCAACACUGCCAAGUGCCCCCCAACAUCAAUUUUGACCACCCUAAUCCAGACAUUCCAUUUGAACAAGCCAGAUUGCAUGUACCGACUGAACUCGAGCCGUGGCCCGCGAAUCGUGCUGAAAGGAUCAGUAUAAAUUCGUUUGGGAUCGGAGGUGUGAAUGCUCAUUGUCGCGAUGCUGUUGAACGGUCUGUCAACAACCACCAGGAUUAUCUCCAGGGGAGUAGAGCAUCUAGCAAAGAUGUGGCUUACACUCUGGCUAACCGCCGCAUUCAUCACACGUACCGGGCGUACAUCGUGAUGAAUCCCGCACCACCACCAUCCAUUUCCAGCGUGGUUCGCAUCGGGCCAGUGCCAAAGGUUGCAUGGGUGUUCACUGGACAAGGAGCUCAGUGGCCUGAAAUGGGGGCGAGCCUCAUCAAUUCCAAUGCAACCUUCCGCCACACAAUCAGGAGGUUAGACAGGUUUCUGGCCUCUCUGCCCUCCGCGCCACCAUGGAACAUCGAAGAGGAGAUGCGGAAGCCCGAAUAUGUCAGUCGCGUCUACCAAGCGGAGAUGGGCCAUCCUUUGACGAUCGCGGUUCUGCUUGGGCUAGUUGAUGUAUUGCAAUCCUGGGGUGUCACCCCAGUGGUAGUGCUGGGUCACUCUUCCGGUGAAAUGGCCGCUGCUUACGCUUCUGGUGCAAUCACCGCUGAAGGCGCCAUAGCAGCAGCGACCUUUCGCGGCAUCAGCAACGAAAGAUCCCCGCGCAAGGGUUUGAUGGCCGCGAUCGGGUUAGGGAGAGGAGAGAUGUCUUCUCUGUUAGAAGCUGGGGUGGUCAUUGCUUGUGAAAACAGCCAGUCAAGCGUUACUAUCUCAGGCGACGCGCUUCAGGUCGAGAAGGUGGUCAGUCGAGUCCAAUCGGAGCGACCAGAUGUUCUGGCGCGUGAUCACAUGCAUGAGCUUGGACCGGAGUAUGAACGACACAUCCACCAGCUCAUUCAUAGCAACGAUCCCAAGAUUCCCUUUUAUUCCGCGGUCACGGGGGACAAACUGACUGGAGCUGGCUGUCUGGGAGCGGCGUACUGGCGUCGGAACAUGGAAAGCCCUGUCUUGUUCAAUUCUUCCCUUCGGUCGCUUCUUCGAGACUACAGUGAUCCUCUUCUGUUCAUCGAGAUUGGACCGCAUCCUGCACUCAAAGGCCCAUUAGGACAUGUGGUCCGCGAGCUUGGUCGGUCAGACACACAUCUCAGUACAUUGGUUAGACAGCAGAGCUGUGAGCCCUGUCUUCUCGACCUUGCCGGAAGACUUUAUCAGCAGAACGUUCCUCUGGACUACCAUCAGAUCUGUCCUUCUGGACAGCUUGUGACGGACCUCCCUCAAUACUGUUGGCAGCCCGAUUCUUCGCAUUGGAAUGAGCCACGCGUCGCCCGCGAAUGGCGAUUCCGUCAAUUCCCCCCGCAUGAGCUCCUGGGUGUUCGGGUAGCCGAGACUGGAAAUGAGCCUUGCUGGAGAAAUAUUCUGGCUGUCGAGAAUGUUCCAUGGCUGGCAGGCCAUGAAAUGGAAGGACAGACGGUAUUUCCUGCUGGUGGGUUCUUAGCAAUGAUUGGGGAAGCCUUGCGACAAUUGGAAGGGGACCGGACUUACAGCCUUCGCCAUGUCACCCUCGCCUCUGCAGCUGUCAUGCAUCUCGACCACGCAACCGAGUUUAUCACCAUCCUCAGCGCCCUCGAUCCUCAUCCCACCGAGAAGACGACAUGGUACAGGUUUGGUGUCAAUUCUUUCGACGGAACUACGUGGACUAGACACUGCUAUGGGGAGGCUAGAUGCGGCGUCAACGACUCAAUCUCCAUGGCCGUAUCGGAGUCACCUCCUUGCUUUGCUCGCAAACUCAAUGUAGAUACCUGGUAUGAAGUUCUCCGCCGUGUUGGAUUUGGGUAUAGCGGGAUGUUCCAAGGCCUACAGAAUAUCUCUGCCGCUACUACCGAGAACCGAGCGGCCGGCGUCAUUCCAGCUGAGCAGGGAGGAAUCACAGAUACCUACGCCCUGCAUCCAGCCCGAAUUGACCAGUGCUCUCAGAUUUCUAUCGUUGCAGCCCACCGCGGCAUAUUUCGGAGGUAUCGUCAAGUUGGCGUUCCCACUUUCAUUGAGGAGGUGGUCAUUUCGCCAACUAGUAAUAGCCUCAACAUCACAGCCGAGGUGCGAGCUGUGGAGAGAGGCUCUUAUGUUGCAGAUAUUGUAGCACAGAGAGCCGGACAGAUUUUCCUGAGUUUAAAGGGCCUGAAAGUUUCAGCGUUGAGCAAACGAGAUGAGUCGAAAAUGGACUUCCCGUUGAUCGCGCACUUCGAGUGGAGACCUCACGCUGAUUUCACUGAGUUGCGAGAUUACCUGCACUGCGCAGAGCAGUGCACAGAAGAUUGGCAUUUAUUGGAAGAGCUGGUACUUGCGUGCAUGAUUCAGACUAGAAAUCGAGCUUAUCGGACGGAUGAUUCACCGGAACACCUACAGAAGCACCUUGCUUGGAUAAAGACGCAGCUGGAAGUGUAUCAGACCGGCUUGAAUCGAAUAGUCUCCCAGGACCUUCGACUCUGGGAGUUAUGCGGUGAAGGUCUACAAGACAGGAUCGAAGACAUAAUCCUCCAACUCAAUGGUUCCCCAUACGAUGCGUUUAGCACUGCUGUGCAUCGUAUGUGCCAGGCGUCUGCAGCAAUGUUUGCCGGUGCACAAGAUGCGUUGCAGCUUCUAUCAGAGGACAACCUACUCCAUAGUCUCUAUACACUCGCAGAUGCUUGGGACUACAAUGGUUUAUUUCAACUCAUUGGUCACACAAACCCACGGCUGAAGGUGCUGGAAGUUGGCGCUGGGACCGGCACCACAAUGUUCAAGGCACUGAAAGCCUUAAGAUCGUCUUCUGGAGAACGAAUCUACAGCACGUACACUUAUACUGAUAUCUUGCCUGGCUAUGUCACAGCGGCCAAGGAGCGAUUUGCCGAGUAUGAGGGUUUAGAAUACGUCGUGUUGGACCUACGUCAGGAUCCGCUGCAGCAAGGCUUGGAGCCUGGAAGCUACGAUUUGAUUAUAGCCAAUAAUGUCGUGCAUGCAACGCCGAGUUUGCAAAGGUCUUUGAAAAACGUCCGUAUGCUGCUUAAGCAGGAAGGCCGACUGUUACUGCAGGAAUUGUGCCCAGAGACGAAUUUGAUAAGCUAUGUCAUGGGCUUUCUACCGGAAUGGUGGAUCGGUCAAGAGGAUGAUCGCCUUGAGCAGCCGUAUGUGUCCCCGAAAAGAUGGUCGAGAGAGCUUGUGGAAGCAGGAUUUCAAACACCACACGCUUCUAUGCUGGACAACAUCCCUCCGUAUCAACUCAGCGCCUGUAUGAUUGCAUCGGUAGCAAAUGCCCGUGCUGAGCCUCACGAAGUAUCCCUGCUAUGUCAUGACCCUAUGGCACCGUGGGCCCAACGAGUAUUGCAUAGCCUCCAACGUCGAGGCAUCCGCGUCGAACCUCUCGGGCCGGGAAAUCUACCUCUGCCUGAUCAGGAUGUCAUCUCGCUGAUUGACCUGGAUGACCCAGUGAUUCAUGCUAUGCCAGAAGCGAAAUUCAGAUCCACGAUGUCAAUGUUGCAGACACUAAAGAGCAAUUUGAUAUGGGUAACGCGGUCAGCACAGGUGGGCUGUUCAGAUCCCAGGGCUGCCAUGACGCUAGGACUGGCUCGAACUGCACGGAACGAACUCGCAGUCAAGUUAUAUACUGUCGAAAUUGAUCACAACCGUCCCUCGCAAACCACAGCUGACUGCAUCACGAAGAUAUUCUGUUGGGUAGCCACGAGGAACACUUCAGAGGCGAUGAGCUCAGACUGGGAAUAUGCCAUCAUCGAGAACGAGAUUGUUAUUCCAAGGAUGCAUUGGCAGACAGUUGCACAAUCUUUCGAACAGUAUAGCUCGCCUGAUCGAUCGUCGAUCAAACAUCUUGCCAUUGAGAGUCCUGGUCUCCUGCGAACUAUGAAAUGGGUCGAUGGCCGGGAUGCGCAUGUGGAGGGAUGCGAUGUUCUGGUUCGGACCCAAGCUGUCGGCCUGAACUUCCGCGAUGUGCUCAUUGCAUCCGGUGUCCUCAACGAAAGCACCACGUUGCUUGGUUUAGAAGGAGCCGGAAUAGUUCAUGCUGUCGGCCCCGAUGUCCGGCAUGUGUCGGUCGGGGACCACGUUAUAUACAUGGGUACUGGAUGCUUUACCACCUAUAUGACACUGAAUGAAUCCUGUUGUGUACAGGUAACGAAAUCCAUGUCCUUCGAGCAAGCCGCUGCAUUGCCAUGUGUCUAUGCAACCUCGGCGAUGGCAUUGAUUGAAAAGGCAAAUUUGCAACGGGGACAGGUGAUUGGCCUAGCUGCUAUCCAGGUUGCCCGGAUGAUAGGCGCCGAGAUCUACUGCACGGUGGGAGCCGAGACAAAGGUCGAAUAUUUGGUUCGGAAUUGCAAUAUACCGCGGUCCCAUAUCUUCAAUUCACGUAAUUCAUCUUUUGUUAAAGAUGUUAUGGACGCCACCAACGGUCGGGGAGUGGACGUUGUUCUCAACUCGUUGGCCGGCGACCUUCUCCACGCCUCGUGGACAUGUGUGGCCGAGUUUGGAGUCAUGGUCGAGAUCGGCAUUCGUGAUUUUCGUCGCAAGGCUAAGCUGGCGAUGGAACUUUUCGAAGCAAAUCGAACCUUCGUUGGACUUGAACUGAGGGAGAUAACGCGCGUCCGUCCCUGGAUAGUGACCGACAUUCUAAGACGUUAUGUCAACUGGAUCGAGGCUGGAGUGAUCACGCCCGACCCGAUCUCAAACAUCUUUCCGGCAGCAAACAUCCACGAGGCCUUCCGCUUGAUGCAGUCCGACGAUCCCAGGGUUCUGGUGACUAUGACAGUCAACCCCAGUCCAAUCUUCCAGCAAGAGCGGAGUUAUCUGCUUGUUGGCGGACUUGGUGGCCUGGGACGGGCUGUGGCUUCGUGGAUGGUUGAACAUGGUGCCUGCAACCUGGUCUUUCUGUCACGAACUGCCCUACACGCAGUUGAAAGUGAUGCCUUUGUUGAGGACCUGGAAUCUCAGGGAUGCCGGGUCCAAUUGGUGGCUGGCAGCGUCUGUGAACUCGGUGAUGUGAAGAAGUGUGUUGCGCAGGCCACCGCCCCAAUUGCUGGCGUCUUGAACAUGUCCAUGGUGUUGAGGGACGUCUCUCUGGGGAAGAUGACAUAUUCUGACUGGGUAACCGUUGUGGAGCCCAAGGUGCAAGGCACUUGGAACCUCCAUAAUGGCCUUCCGUCUAAUCUGGACUUUUUCAUCCUCAUUCCAUCCUGCAGUGGCCUCUGUGGGCAGUGGGGUCAGGCAAACUAUGCUGCUGCCAACACGUUCCUGGACGCAUUUGUGCAGUAUCGUCAUCAUCAGGGUCUUCCAGCCUCUGUCAUUGACCUUGGUGUGAUGGGCGACGUCGGUUUCGUGGCUCGCAACCAGAACGUACUGCGUCAAUUCCAGGAUACUGGAGCCUUUGUACUCAAUGAGGAUAUGUUUAUGCAGGCGAUGGCAUUGGCCGUGCAGCGAUCACAUCCCGUUGCAAAUAAACUCCCUACGCAGACAUAUAGCAAUCCGAGCCAGAUUGUACUGGGCCUCAACACGGCCGUUCCUGCCUCCUCUCCGGCCAACCGGGUCGCAUGGAAGAACGAUAUUCGUUUCGGCAUCUAUCGCAAUCUUGACGGGGGUGGCGAAACCUCUACAACGGCUUCAUCGAAGCCCAACAGUCUACGAGAAUUCCUCGCUUCCGCCGCCACACAGCCAAUACUCCUUGAAGAGGAGGCAGCGGUGAUGAAGAUCACUGAGGCUAUUGCAGUGGCUUUGGCUGAUUUCCUCAUGAGAGAUCAAGGCAGCAUUGUCCCCACAGACUCAUUCUCGAGCCUUGGGAUUGACUCCCUGGUGGUUAUGGAGAUCCGCAACUGGGUUCGGCAACAUCUUGACGUGGAUAGAAGUGUUCUGACGAUCCUUCGCUGCCCUUCGUUGUUCAAGCUGGCCGAGAGAGUAUUCGUGACGAGCUGCUUGGUCGGUUGAGUGGGUGAGCGCUCAUGGCAAUUUGUUACUAUUGUGCUGGCUUCUCUUUCAGGUGUCUAAAUUGAUUGAUGACUUCCGGCAUCUCUCUUUGUUAAUCUCAAUCUCCAACCACUUGCUUAGAGUAACUGCAUGAAUUGGUUGUGUCUGGCGCUCUUUAUCUCGAACACAAGCCUUUGUGAACAAGCACAGUGUUCAUACCCUC